AUGCCGCGCUCUUCGACGUGGAGAUGCGCCUAUCGAAAACCUCUCCCCGUGGACAAUGAUAUUGCCUUCGAGUACAUAUGCGCCGCUAUCUAUUAUCAGGAAGACAUGGUACCUGAAGAGCUCACCACGGACGAAGUUCUCGACAUCGCCAUCAUGGCUGGUAAGUAUGACUUUAUGGAGGCUUUGUCAUCGAAAAGCGAGAGCUGGCUCCAGGCCGGCGAGAAGGAGUCAGGUGAGGUCAUGAUUCUCACCGCAGCUGCUUAUAUUCUCAACAACGCCAACCAUUAUCGUCAGACGUAUUGGAUACAACCCAUCUGUCAAAGCGGUUGA